AACGUUACAAUGAUUUUGAUUGGAUAUUGACUCUUCCGGUAAACAGGUACACGACUGCACGUGCAGAUAUUUUUGUACGGAGUGUACACAUUACAGGAAAUUUUGAAGAUGAGGUUUAAAGGCGGAAGAGCUGAAGGGAAGGCAGUUAUUGCAGGGUUGUCAUGUAGAUUACCAAAAUCUGAUAACAUUGAUGAGUUUUGGAACAACUUAAUCAAUGGAAAAGACAUGAUUGGGGAAACAAGAUGGCCAGUCGGAUUGUAUGAUACCCCUCCUCGUGCUGGACUUAUUAAUAGUAUUGAUAAGUUUGAUGCAGGCUUCUUUAGAUUUACAGACUCUGAGGCCCACAAUAUGAAUCCCUUACUUCGACAUUUAUUUGAAGUGUCAUAUGAGUGUAUCACAGAUUCUGGUAUACCACUAAGUGUGUUACAUUCUAACACGACGGGAACAUACACAGCAUGCUUUAUACCAGACAAUGAUCCACUGGAAACAUCACGCUGUGCAGAUUCUAAAUACUGUACCACUGUUUCCAUGAUAACUGGUCACUUGAUGAACCAGUUCAGAUUUACUGGACCUAGUGCCACAGUGGAUACAGCCUGCAGUUCUAGUGUGUCUGCUAUGGAGAUGGCUGUACAAGAUCUAAUGACUGGACGAUGUCAGUUUGCUUUGGUAACAGCAUGUAAUUUGUUAUUGAAUCCAAGCUAUCUGCAACAGAUGAGUUACCUUGGGAUGUUAAGUACAGAAGGACAGAGCAGAGUAUUUGAUGUUGAAGCCAAAGGUUAUGUGAGGGCUGAGGGUGUUGUGUCUAUAUUACUUACUAGACAGGCAAGUCUGUGUCAGAGAAUCUAUUGCUCAGUUAUUGAUGUGAAAACUAGCUGUAAUGGGUAUAAUCCAGAUGGCAUCACUUUCCCCAGCAAGGAUUGUCAGUGUGCUUUGAUGAAAGAAAUCUACAAAAGAUCUGAAAUAAAGUCUGAUGACAUUGCCUUCAUGGAACUUCACAGCACUGGUACACCAGUAGGUGAUCCAAUAGAAGCCAGGAGUGUUACAGAAGCUAUAUGUUCUACCAGAGAGAAGCCACUACUAAUUGGAUCUGUUAAAGCUAACAUGGGCCAUAGUGAAGCAACUGCAGGAUUGGCAAGUUUAGUGAAAUGUAUUUUAGCAGCUCGACAUGGUAUAAUACCUCCACAGAUCAACUUUAUAUCACCAAAUCUAAAUAUUGAGGCCAUAAAGGAAGGGAAAAUAGUAGUUGUUAAAGAGCCAACCGAGCUGAAAGAUGGCUAUAUUGGUUUAAACUCCUUUGGAUUUGGUGGUGCCAAUGGACAUGUGGUUUUAAAACCAUUCAAAAGGAAAAGAAAGGCUAUGGGAAAAACGUUUUGUCUGAUACCUGUUACUGCUCGUACUGUACAAGAACAAGAAGCAAUUCAAGAUUUUGUGUCUAAAAAUAAAGAUGAUGUAACACUAAUGUCACACCUAAGUUUAUCAUUACUCAGUUAUGAUGUUAGAAGACAAAUAAGAGGAUAUUUUAUAUCAGAUCCAAAUAGUCAAGAGCUGACACAAAGAUUUUCCAAUGAAGCACCGACUUGUUCAGAACUUUGGCUUUGUCUACAAGAUUUUAUAUGGGAUAUGUUAGACUUUAAUCCACAAUUAUUGAAUAAUGGCUGUUUUAUGAAGUCUAUUGUUCAGUCACAAGUUAUUGUAAAGGAUAAGAUUGGAUUAAAGAUGAUCAUGACAGAGGCUUUAAAACUUCCUGUCAAACCCACUACAGCAAAUGGAUUUGUCAAAGCUAUAGCAAUAAUGAUAGGUAUUGUUGAUUGUCUCCGUGCUGCCAAGGUAAAGAUUUCAGGUGUAUAUGGUAUUGGUUUGUCAGAAAUUGUAGCAUGCUAUGUGGACAAUAGCUUGACCAGAGAACAGUGUUUGAGAGUUGCAUAUAUUAUAGGACAAACUAUAGAAGAGCAUUCCAGACACAGUGCAAAAGACUACAAGAUCUACAAAGUAAAGCUGAGUCUGCAGGAGAUGUAUUGUUUAGGUCCAAAGGUCAAGGUAUUGACAACCUUAUCAGAUGACUCAGCAAUUAUAGGGGUUGCCAAUGGAUACACAGAUAAGACUCUAGAACUGAUCCAUGAUAAAGGUGGUUACUACCAACAACUGACAGAUGGUAUAAUACUAUACUGUAGACUGUUAGAUAGUCUUACUGAGAAAGUAAUGGAGAAACUAAAAGUUGUCAUCCAGGAACCAAAGAUGAGAUCAGGUUUGAUGAAGAAUCCUAAACACUUACAACACCCAGAUCAGUAUGUGGACAGUGGUGCCAUUAGCAGUAUCCUGAACCGAGUUGUAAGAGCCAAUGAUAUUCUACAAUCCAUGCCAUCCUAUGUAACACUCAUCAAUGUUAACUUGAAUGGUGUACAAGCUGUGAUUAGUGAAGAAUCUAAAUCUAUUGACUGUAAACCAUGCCCUGUGUCCUUCCUGAAGACAUUAGGGGAGAUUCAUAUGAUUGGUCAGCCAAUGGAUGUCAGUGUGUUUUACCAGUCUGAUUUCCCAUUGGAUGUAAAAUCUCCAUCAAUUAGUUCUCUUAUUAGAUGGGAUCAUUCCUACUCAUGGUCAAUACCAGAUUGGCCAGAAUUCUUCUCAAGAGUGAAGGAUGAAGCUGUUAUGCCGUACACUAUCGACCUCGGUGACUCGGAGGGUAUACAUACACCACUGGCUACACUGAUUUAUCACAGCUGGUUAGCCAUAUCACAGAAAACUUCAAAAGAUCAUUCCUUGGAAUCAAAAGCUGCGUUGGACAGAGGAAUAACUUUCUCCAAUUUAGAUCUCAAUCAAAAUACAGAUACAGUAAAUGCACUUCUCCAAGGAGCUGUGGUACAAGUUCUACAGGGAAAACAAAGAUUUGCUGUACAUAACAAUGGAAUAGUAUUGUUCUCUGGAAAUUUCAUGUUGUCAUCUGAAAAGUUAGAACUUCCUAAAAUACCAGGAUAUGAUUUAGAUGUCAAUGAAAACAUGGAAGAUGCCGAAGAUGGUGAUCUCUUACAAAAGACAGAAAUAUUAUGGGAAGAUAACUGGCUAGAUUUCAUCAAUACAGUAUUGGAGUUUAACAUGGAAUAUUUGGAAGGUGGAUUGAUAAAAGUUAUGAUUGAUCCCAUUGCUGUGCAGGAAGAGGUCAAAGACUGUGCUAACAUACUGGCAGUGGCGGAAAAAUACACCGGAUUAUGCAAAGCUGGAUCGCUUCUUGUACAGAAUACUGUCACCUUUGAUAAACCUGCAGUUACCAGAAAAAGUAAUGUUAGUGAAUACAGCAUGACAGCUGUAAACAUUGUGUUGGCUUACAGCAUCCAGAGUCAGAAAUCAGACAAAAUAAUGGUCUAUCAGGGCAUUAAUAACAAAACUAAAACAGAUGUUCUUGGACUGGUCCUAAUGACAGAAGAGGAUGUUAUCUGCAAAGAAAUUCCAUUAGCAGCUGAUGAUAAGUGGAGAAUUGAAGAUAUUGAGCAGAUAAUUCCGUACCUGAUAGCUUUGUUUCUACUUUCUGAGUCUACAGAGUUUGUAGAGAAACCAAGGUUAUUGGUCUGUCCUCCUAUUGAUACAGUAGGGAUGUAUUUAAUGGCUUUAUCAAGUGAGGAGAGUGGUAUCAGUGUGUUUACUUCCAGUUAUGAUAUAGAAACAAGACAGAUGGUCGAGUCAACAUUUCCAUUUGUCUGUGUAUUACCAGGGGACAAUCUUGUACAGAGUAUUAAAGCUAUGACACAAGGAGAAGGGUGUGACGUCUGUAUCAAAUUCACUAGUGGGGAACUGAAUACAUGCAUAGAUUAUAUUGGUAGUGGAGGGAAGUUUCUGCAGUGUGCAAAACCAUUAGAACCCCUAGAGUUAGAGAAACUUCAGCAUAAUAAAACAUUUAUUCUUGUUGAUGUAAAGAAAGCUUUCUUCAGCUUUUUAUCUCGUAGCCAGGAAGAAAUACAAACUUUGUUGUAUGAAAUGAGAGAUGGAGCUGUAGGAAAGCUGAAAGAAGCCGGAUAUCCAGAAACCAAAGGUAUGGUGUAUAGUUUGGAUGAACGUUCACACUUCCUUAAUCCUAUCUCAAUCACACAGAUCUUGAAUGUUCUUGAUGAACCUGGUAUUAAUUUGACAGACAGCUUUAAAUGUUUGAUGGAAGCUGAUAUGUUAGCAAUGGAAAGACUCCAUAAUGUUAUUACAACAAAACCAAAGGAUUUUUCCUUAUGGGAAAGAGUGCAGUUUGAUAGUCAAAAUUCAGAAGACGAUGAAAAUGAUGAUACAUUAAAUGAAGCACAACUAGCUUCAGCUUGUGAAAGUGUAGAUUUAAAGAUCAGUCAACCGUCUAAAGAUGUAGUUAUAGUCAGAGUGCCUAAUGUUCAGAUCACAUUACUAGAUGACACUGACGGUAAAAUGCUGUUCCCCCCUGAUUAUAGGGCCACUUCUACACCAAUGGUUACAUUACGGGUUGACAAGGAAUCAGAUGACCUUCAUGAAAGUUAUAUUGACAUCCCACUGUCAGACAAUUUGACUCUGGGCAAUAAGAAAGGAUCACUAGCGCCAAAAUUGCUUACCCCUCAGGCUAUGAUCGUUACACCUGUACCAGACAAAAGACGAAAGAAAAGUCGACCAAUGGACUUGGUAUUUAUCAAUUCUCCUGGAAUGUCACCUGGAAAAGCUUUUACCCCGAAGACUCCAUCUAUUAGAACACUCCUGACACCUGCAAUCAAGGAACCCUCUCUGGUACCCCUCAAUAGUUCAUUGAAGCAUGACAAGCCAUUGUACAUUGUACAUCCUAUUACCGGCAAAGUGACUUUAUUGAAAACACUUGGUGGCCUGUUAACCAGACAGUGCUAUGGAAUACAGAGAACAACUUUUACUCCUAGAGAUAGCUUAUCCAGUGUAGCUAGUUAUUACACUAAUGCUGUACAGAUGCUACAGUCAACGGGUUCUUACAUCAUUGCUGGAUACUCAUUUGGUUCAAUGGUGGCAUUAGAAAUGGCGCUGCAGCUUCAGGCCAACAAGAAAAAGGUAGAGAAAUUAAUUCUAUUUGAUGGUGGACCUGAUUAUUUCUCAGCACAAUUCAGAGCAGCCCAAAAAGCAGCAAAAGAUGCAAGUGAGGUAGGUCUUUCUAUUAUGGUCUGUGCAGAAAAAGAUGACAGUGAGGUAGGUCUUUCUAUUAUGGUCUGUUCAGCAAAAGAUGCAAGUGAGGUAGGUCUUUCUAUUAUGGUCUGUUCAGCAAAAGAUGCAAGUGAGGUAGGUCUUUCUAUUAUGGUCUGUGCAGCAAAAGAUGACAGUGAGGUAAGUCUUUCUAUUGUGUUCUGUGCAGCAAAAGAUGACAGUGAGGUAGGUCUUUCUAUUAUGGUCUGUGCAGCAAAAGAUGACAGUGAGGUAAGUCUUUCUAUUGUGUUCUGUGCAGCAAAAGAUGACAGUGAGCUGGAUUUGUAUUUAGAGAUAGGAGCUCUGGUGAAUUUUCUGAUGAUGUUUGUACCAGUACCUAGUAUACAAAUGUUACAGAAUAUCUUACAUCAGUUACCUAACCAAGAGGCUCGCAUACAGACUGUGGUGGAAAUGUCAUUCAAAAAUGUGGAAAUUUGCAUGACUUCAACAAAGACAAAAUGGCUCUCUGCUAAGGAAAAACUGUUCAACAAAAUGAAGGGUGCCAAAGAUGUGGGGAAAAGUUCAAUGGCUGAUGCUGCACAGGAAGUGUUGUCAUGGAAACGAAGAGAACAAGCUGCAGACUUCAUAAAAAGUGUCAAUAUGGUAAACAAGUACAAGAAUAAACAUGGAAAAUUUCAAGGUGAUAUACAUUUAUUACGCAUAAAGUCCGACCCAGUGAUGUGUGAACACCUACCAGUAGACUACGGACUACAGAGCUGGUGUACAGGAAAAGUUCAUAUAACAUUCUAUAAUGGAUCUCAUGAAACUUUCUUAAAUAGGGAUUCUGGGAAAGAAGUAGCUGAGGAAAUAACCAAGAUUCUGUCACUUGUGAAGUAACAUGCUGAGCAUGAUCUCAUGAAACUUACUGAAAUAGAAACUUGAGGAAUGAACAUUUUGACACAAGUGACUUAAUGGUUGUUACAUAUUAUGGAACUGAGAAUCUAGUUUUUGAUGUAAAUGAAAAGAUUCUGUAAUAUAUGAAGACUGUGAAUAUAUUUGAAAAUAUUGUUAAGAUAUAUGAGCAUUACUUUUGUAAACCUGGUACAAAAUUUUUGGUGUUUGAAUGAUAACUACUUUUGUUAACUGAUGAAGAUUGAUUUUUAGACAAAUCAUAAGUUAUUGAGUUAUAUAAUUUUUUUUUAUGAAAUUGUUUGUGCCUAUAUAAACUGCAUCUGAAUAUUUGAUUUUUAUAUAUUUAUAUUAUUUAAAG